AUGUCCAACACUAUUCUCCUCAGCAACGGGACUCUCCUGCUCCACGAGGCUGAUGACAGUGUCAGGGCCGCAGCUAACACCGACAUCCUCAUCCAAAACGAUCGAAUUGCAUCCAUUGGAACUAACCUCGACGUACCUUCGAAUGCUAGAACAAUUAAUUGCACAGGAAAGAUCCUCUCCCCAGGAUUCAUUGACACCCACCACCACCUCUGGCAAACUCAGCUGAAGGGCCGUCAUGCAGAUCAGGAGCUCCUCGCCUAUAUGGCCUCUGGCAACAUGCAGGGGUUCAACUACCAACCGCAAGACAUGUUCUACGGCCAGCUCUCCGGUGCUCUCGAAGCGUUGGAUGCCGGCACAACUUUCGUUCUCGACCACUCACAUGGAUCAUAUACUGCCGAGCAUGCACAGAAGGUCAUGGACGCGACUGUUGCAAGUGGAAUUCGCGCUGUUGUCGCUGUGAGCCCCGCGAUUCGGAUCGAGCAAUGGACGAAAGAAACCGUGGUGCCGAAUAUGGAUGUCUGGCCUGACUACAUCAUUGGAAAGGUCGGUGAGUGGAGCAAAAAAGGCGGCAAGGAAGGUAUCGACGGGCGAGUCAGUGCAGGCCUAGGCUUCGAUCUUUUCUUCCUACCAAAAGAGAUGAUUCAAGGCAUAUGGGCGCAGACCCAGCAGUUGGGUGCCAAACUCAUCACCAGUCACGUCUGCAGAAAUGCCGUUUUCGGCUUGGCCUCGACUGUACAGAUCCUUCAGAGCUAUGACUUACUCAAAGGUCCCCAGCGAGGCGGUAUCAAGUGGGUGGCCAGCCAUGCCAACGGUCUGGAGAGAGCGGAUCUCGAGCUCAUGGCUAAGGAAGGACAGUACUUGAGCACCACUCCAGAGACGGAAGCACAGAUGGGACUCGGCUCGCUCAACGCGUUUGAGCCUGGCAUCAAGGCGUCCAUAGGGGUCGACUGCCACGCGAACAACAGCUCGAGCAUCUUGAUCCAGGCGCGGACAGCACUGCAGCUCAAACGCCAGGAAACCAACCAGAAGGUAUUGGACCGGGGUGGAAGUCCGAAGACGAUUCGUGCAACGACCCAGGAAGCCUUCAACCUGGCUACCAUCGAGGGAGCACGCGCUGUGGGCAUGGAGGACGAUAUUGGGAGCCUCGCUGUGGGCAAAAAGGCCGACAUCGUCAUUUUUGAUUACGAUAACAGUGUCAGCAUGUUGUGCGCCGGCGACUACGAUCCCUUGGUCGCCGUACUCAGGCACAGCGAUACUAAAGACAUCGAGACGGUGAUCGUCAACGGUGUGGUUCGCAAGGAGAACGGUAAGCUGCUUGAUGUGGAGAUUGCUGGAAAGAAGACUUCGUGGAAAGAAGUGGCCGGGAAGACACGGGAGUCACAAGCCGAAGUACUCAAGAGGGCGGUGAGUGUGAGCUACCAGGCAGCUGAAGGCAUGUUGAAGCAAAUGUGGCACAUCGAUGACAACAAGCUGUUCGGUGUGGACUGA